AUGAAUAUAACGAAUUUUGUUUUAAUUUUUUUUACUUACAUUUUUUUAAAGAAAGCUACAAGGGAUAAUAUUAAUCACAAUACAUUUGUAUUAAAUUAUAAAACAAAUGGUUUAUUGAAAAGAAAUGUUUUGGAAAAAGAAAAUAAUGAGAUUGAAGAUGAAGAAAAAAAAAAAAAAGAAUAUGAAGAAUAUAUAGUAAAUAAAGGAACAGAUGAAUUUGAAAAAUUAAAUUAUAAAUAUAUGGACUAUGUUAGCUUUUCGAUUAUUAAAAGUAAAAACAAAUUUAAGCAUGCUUUAAAUGAAUUUUUAGUUUUUCUUGGUGCUCAAUAUAAGGAUGAUGAAAAAAUCGUUGUUUAUGUAAGAUUAAUUGAUGUUUUAUCUUUAUUAUUUAUUCAUUUUAAGGAUAAUUUAAGCAAUUUUGAUCAUUUUAUAAAUAGUUUUCAAGAUAGGAACAAAUUUUUUAAUUUAAUUGAAACAGAAUAUUUUAAAGAAUUUAUCGACGAAAAAAAUUAUUUUGUUUUUACUUUAAAAAAUGCCUAUUUUAGAAUUAAUUCUGUAAAUAAUGAAAAAAAACAAAUUUUAAGUAAAAAAAAAAAAAUUUAUGAAAUUUUUUUGAGUAAUUGGAAAAAUGAUGGAUAUUGCUUUUAUGAUGUUAAUGACAAGAAAUCUUCUUAUUUACCAAAAAUAGUCGAUCCCAAUAAUCCAUGUAAAAGUAGUAAAGGAAAUUGUAAAAUAUUAAAGAAUGUUAAUUUGACUUGCGCUCCAACCAAAGGUAAACAUAAAAAUUUAAAUUCUGAAGUUACAAAAAUUCAUAGUUCUAGUGUUGAUGAAUCAACAAAUACAAAGGAAAAUGAAAUUAUUAAAAAAGAUAGUGGAAAUAAUGGAAAUAUAGAGGAUAGUUUAAUGAUUGAACCUAAUACAAAUAAUACUUGUGGUAUUUCUGAAAAUAAAGAAACUAUUGAGAAUAAAAAAGUUCAAGUAUCAUCUGAAGUUUACUAUAAAAUGAAAAAAAGCUUCUUUUUAAAUGGAAAUCCUUUAAAUAUAAUAGAAUUAAUAAAUUAUAUUACCACAAAUCAUAGUAAUGAAGUAGUUUCAAAACUUUAUGAAGGUUUGAAAGAAUUAGGUAUAGUUACCUUUGAACACAUUGUUAGAUAUACUAAUAUUAUAGGAAUAUUUUUUUCUUAUGAUAUUUUUGAUGAAUUAUAUUUACAAAUUAAGUUAAUAAAAGAGUUUUUUAAAAUUGAAGAGAAUAUAAAUAAAAAUGUUCCAGACACAGAAAAUACAGAAAAAAAAAAAAAAAUAUAUUAUGGAAAAUAUGAAAUGAGUGAAGAAGACACUUUUCUUCCACCUAAUUGUUUAACUACUUACUGUAAAUUAAAAUCUGUUUGGAUGCAAAAUAGAAACUUUACAGUAAAAAUUGAAAAAAGUAAUACUAAUAGUAUAAAUUUUAUGACAGUAGGAGAUAUUGGAUAUGGUUUUGAUAAAGAAAAAGGAGUAUCAUUAGAAAAUUUUUUAAGUUUUUUUGGUUUUAAUGAAUUAAAAAAUACAGCAGAUAAUAUGCAAAAAUGGCAUGCUGAAAAUAAAGCUGAUUUUGUUGUAAAUUUAGGAGACAAUAUACCAAAAAAUGAAUUCCAAGAUCAUAAUGAUAGUUAUGAAUGGCAUAAAUUAAUAAAGAAACUUUUUGUUUUUAAAAAAACUAACGAAUUACAAUUUAACAAUUCACAAGAAAACCAACCUUCAUAUGCUAAAAGUAUAGUUGAUUUUUACAGUGAAAAACUAAAAGGAGUUAUCUAUAAAGAUAAAAAUAAAGAUAAUCCAAAUAAAAAUAAAAAUUCUGAAUAUGCCGAUGAUAAUGAGAAUUAUUACAAUAGUUUUAUUGAAUCUCAUAAUAGUUUUUAUGAUAAUGAUGAAGUAAUUGAUGAAUCAUUUGAAGCAAUUCCAUUUUAUUCUAUAUUGGGAGAAAAAGAUUAUUUUAGUUUUCCUAGCGAACAGAUUCAAGAACAUUAUUCUGAUAAAAUACCAGGAUAUUUUAUGCCUAAUAACUAUUAUUCAGUCAAUUAUGAAUUUACUUUUAAUUCGUUACAGGAUAAUGAAAUUAACAGCAAUGAAAAAUUUAAGGCAUCAUUUAUUUUUAUUGAUACAUGGUCUUUAAUGAUUGGAUUUCCUAUAAUAAGAAGUUACAGAUCAUUUCGUGAACAAUUUAAUUGGUUAAGUAAAACAUUAUAUGAGAGCGCAAAAGAAAGCGAUUGGAUUUUUGUAUUUGGUCAUCAUCCUUUAAUAUCUAGUGGAAGAAGAUCUGACAAUUUUUCUUAUGAAGAACACUCUUUUAAUGAAAUCAUAAGGGAUUUUCUAUUCACCUAUAAGGUUGAUGGAUAUUUUAGUGCACAUGAUCAUUUAAUGGAAUAUAUAAAAUAUGGAAAAUUAAAUUUAUUUAUUAAUGGUUCUUCAUCAAGAAUAAUAUUUGAUGACUCCAAAAUGAGUAGAGGGUUUUUUGGAAAAAUUAUUGGAAAACUUUAUCCUGUUUCUUGUUAUGUAUUAAAAAAAAUUCACAGAGGGUUAAAACCAAAAGGAUGUAGCAUUAAUAGAUACACUAAAUGGUAUAAUAAAUCAGAUAUAGGAUUUAGCAUUCAUAAAUUAACAAAAAAAGAAUUUGUUACUGAAUUUAUAAAUGGAAGGAAUGGAAAACCUCUCAGUCAUAAAAUUGUUAUAAAAAAUAAAAAAGAUGAAAGAAAAAAGUUUUAUGAUUUAGAAGGUUAUGCAGAUGAUAGAAUUAAAGAGUUAGAACUCAAGAUACAAGAAUUUGUGUCAAAAAAUCCUGAUUUAGUAAAAUAUAAAAUUAAAGAAUUUGAAGAAAAUAACGAAAAAUAUAAUUUAAUUUUGAACAAAUUGAAAACAGAAGAGGAAAAAAAUAUUUUUAAUCAACUGCUUUUUUUAAAUAAUUUGGUGUUUGAUAUUUCAGAGUAUACUACUAAUUUACCUAUAAGUACAUUAGGAACUAUGUAUGAAAUGGUAGAUAAAUAUAAAAUUUUUUUUAAUAAGGAACUUCAUAAAUAUAUUCAUUCAUCUUUAGAAAAAGCCAUACAACAAGAAAAUAGUAGAGUAAAUGUUUCAGGUGAAGAAGAGAAUGAUGAAAUUGAAGAAAAAGGACAAGAUAGUUAUGUUGAUGAUGACGCUUCAAAAUUAAUAGAAUCUUUAGGUGUAGACCCAGGAAUUCUUGUAGAGAACUAUGAAAAAAUGACAUCUGAACAAAAAGAAUUUUUACAAAAACAAGUAGGUAAUGAUAUAAUAUUAGAAGAUUAUAUAAAUAAAAUUAAAUUAUAUUUGAAAAGAAAAGUAGAAAUGGAAGAAAAUAAGAAAAAUAAUGAAUUAGAACAAACAGAAUUAAAAACCAAAGAAGAGAAAGAGGAUGGAGAAGAAGAAGAAGAAGAACAGGAACAACAAAAAGAACAAGGAGAAGAACCACAAGAACAAGAACAACAAGGACAACAAGAACAAGGACAACAAGGACAACAAGGACAACAAGAACAACAAGAACAAGGACAACAAAAAGUAAAAGAAGAAGAAAAAGAAGGAACAAAUAAAGAAGAACCCAUGUUAGAGAAAGAAACGUAUAAACAAUUUAGAAAUUUAGUAGUAAAAGAAAGUAAAUUAUCAAAUCAAAAUUAUAUUUUAUUAAUGUUAGGUUCUCUUAAAAUAUAUGAUGAAAAUAAAUAUUCUUUAAAUAUAGAAUUAGAAAAAAAAAUUAUAAAAGAAGUUACAUCUUCAAAUUUUAUUAUGAAUAUAGAACCUAAAAAAACUUUUUUUCAUUUAUGCAUUGAAUUGGCACCAGAAAUUAAAAGGGUAGCUAACAACCUUGGGGGAGUAGGAAAAAAAAAACUUUUUUUUCACUUAAUUAAUAAAUUACAUGCAGAAAUAAUGAAGUUAAAAGAUGAACUUCAAAAAAUUUCUAUAUAA